AACCAACCGCAGGCAGGCAAAGGAGGAGGAGGCGCGAAGCGAUGUCUCAGCCGCCCCAGCAGGAGCAGCAGCCAGUGGCAACGCUGGUCCCGAAGAAGAAGGACCGGCGUAUCUUCUCGGGCACUUGUCCUGACCCCAAGUGUCAGGCGCGCCUGUUUUUUCCGGCGCACGGGCCUCUGAGCAGCGGGAGCAUCGAGUGCACGGACUGUGGGCAGCGUCAUGAACAGCGGCAGCUGCUGGCAGUGGAGGAGGUGACUGAUCCAGACUUGGUGCUGCACAAUUUGCUGCGGAACGCAUUGCUAGGAGUCAGCGGGGCGGGGCCCCCUAGAAAGAACACCGAGCUGGUGAAAGUUAUGGGCCUGUCCAAUUAUCACUGCAAGCUGCUGUCGCCCAUUCUAGCCCGCUACGGCAUGGAUAAACAGACGGGCAAAGCUAAACUACUAACUGAGAUGAACCAAGGAGAUGUCUUUGAUUGUGCUCUUCUUGGGGACCGUGCCUUCCUUAUUGAGCCUGAGCACGUUGACACUGUAGGAUAUGGCAAAGAUCGCUCUGGUAGUCUCCUGUACUUGCAGGACACCUUGGAGGAUAUUAAGAAGGCUAAUAAUAGCCAGGAGUGCCUCAUCCCAGUCCACGUGGAUGGUGAUGGCCAUUGUUUAGUCCAUGCAAUUUCCCGAGCGCUGGUGGGUAGGGAACUCUUCUGGCAUGCUUUGCGGGAGAACCUCAAGAAGCACUUUAUGGAGAAUCUCAGCCGCUAUAAAGCCCUUUUUCAUGACUUUAUUGAUGCCGCAGAAUGGGAAGACAUAAUCAAUGAAUGUGAUCCUUUCUUUAUUCCUCCUGAGGGUGUACCAAUGGGUCUUAGAAACAUCCACAUUUUUGGACUAGCCAAUGUUUUACAUCGACCCAUCAUCCUCUUGGAUUCCUUGAGUGGAAUGCGUAGUUCAGGGGAUUAUUCUGCCACAUUCCUUCCUGGAUUGAUACCAGAAGAAAAAUGCAUGGGGAAAGAUAGCAUGCUGAACAAACCAAUCUGUAUUGCCUGGAGUAGUUCUGGGCGUAAUCAUUAUAUUCCUCUGGUUGGAAUAAAAGGUGCUGCUUUGCCUAAAUUGCCUAUGAAAUUACUUCCUAAAGCUUGGGGAGUGCCUCAAGACCUUAUUAAAAAGUAUAUCAAAUUGGAAGACGAUGGUAGCUGUGUGAUUGGAGGAGACAGAAGUUUGCAUGACAAAUAUUUGAUGAGGCUAGUUGCAGCCAUGGAGGAAGUUUUUAUGGAUAAGCAUGGCAUUCAUCCCAGUUUAGUAGCUGAUGUACAUCAGUACUUCUAUCGGCGGACUGGUGUAAUAGGAGUUCAGCCUGAAGAUGUUACAGCAGCUGCUAAAAAGGCAGUUAUGGACAACCGACUUCACAAGUGUCUCAUUUGUUGUGCUCUUUCAGAACUUCAUGUUCCUCCAGAGUGGCUAGCUCCAGGAGGGAAGCUGUAUAAUCUUGCAAAAAGUACCCAUGGUCAGUUAAGACCUGAUAAAAAUUACAGUUUUCCUCUGAACAGUUUGGUAUGUUCCUAUAAUCCUGUAAAGGAUGUACUAGUACCAGACUACAGUUUGAGUAGUCUGACUGCCUGUAACUGGUGUCAUGGCACAUUGGUGCGUCGUGUGAGAAGUGAUGGUUCUGUUGUAUAUUUGGAUGGGGACAGAACUAAUACUAGAUCAACAGGUGGCAAAUGUGGUUGCGGAUUCAAACAUUAUUGGGAAGGUAAAGAAUAUGACAAUCUUCCUGAAGCUUUCCCUAUUACUUUAGAGUGGGGUGGGAGAGUGGUAAGGGAGACAGUGUAUUGGUUCCAGUAUGAAAGUGAUCCAUCUCUGAACAGCAAUGUAUAUGAUGUUGCAAUGAAGCUUGUUACUAAGCACUUUCCUGGAGAAUUUGGUAGUGAGAUUCUUGUCCAGAAAGUUGUCAAUACAAUUCUACAUCAAACAGCCAAAAAGAACCCUGAUGAUUACACUCCUGUAAACAUUGAUAGUGCUCAUGCCCGAAGAGCUGAUGAUAUGCAACAAGGACAAGAUUUGGCCUCUCAGCUUCCAACCAAAAUUAUUCUUACUGGGCAGAAAACAAAAACCCUGCACAAAGAAGAAUUGACUAUGAGUAAAACUGAAAGAACUAUUCAACAAAACAUUGCAGAACAGGCACCUAUAAUGCAAAAACGAAAAACUGAAAAAUGGAAGCAAGUACAAAAAGGGCCAGCUAGAACUGUGUCUCCUGGUACCAUUCCUGAUGGGUCAUCCUCUGCACCUGCUACUCCCACCAAGACUCCUUAUUCUCCAAUAUCUACGAAAGAAAAGAAAAUUCGCAUAACAACAAACGAUGGGCGACAGACCAUGCUCACUUUGAAAUCCACUACAACAUUUCUAGAAUUGCAAGAAAGCAUAGCUAGAGAAUUUAAUAUUCCUCCACAUUUGCAAUGUAUUCGUUUUGGCUUUCCUCCCAAGGAGCUACUGCCACCUAAGGAAGGGCAAGAAAAUGAACCUGUUCCUCUGCUACAUGGAGAUAGAAUAACUAUAGAGAUUCUUAAAGGAAAGGAAGAUAGUCACCAGGCUAGUUCAGUACACUCUGCUCAUGUCGUGAAGCAUGAUGAUAUUGCUGUUACUAGCAGAAUUUCUUCCAAGGAACUUCAAGAGCAAAUAGACAAGGAAAUGUACUCUUUGUGUCUUCUUGCAACAUUUAUGGGGGAAGAUGUUUGGUCUUAUGCAAAGGGGCUUCCUCAUUUGUUCCAGCAGGGUGGCGUAUUCUACAAUAUAAUGAAGAAAACAAUGGGUCUGGCUGAUGGUGAACACUGUACUUUUCCACACUUGCCUGGCAAGACCUUUGUAUACAAUGCAACAGAAGAUAGAUUGGAACUUUGUGUGGAUGCUGCUGGGCAUUUCCCAGUAGGUUCUGAUGUGGAAGACUUGGUUAAAGAGGCCCUAAAUCAAGUACGAGCAGAAGCUUCUUCAAGAAGCAGGGAAGCAAGUCCUUCACAUGGAUUGCUAAAAUUAGGUAGUGGUGGCGUAGUUAAAAAGAAAUCAGAGCAACUCCACAAUGUAACUGCAUUUCAAGGAAAAGGCCAUUCUCUAGGCAGUGGAGCCAGUAGCCAGCAGCUUCAUCCAAAAGUUAGGGAAGCUCCACUUGGAAGAAAACAAAACACAGGUACAGAUUUUAGUACCAAUUCUGCUAAAUUGGAUCCUUCCAUGUAUACAGCUGAUUCUGGAAAUAGUGAACUUAUACGGAUAGCUCCUGGAGUAGGAACAAUGAGAGAUAGUAGACAACUUGAUCCUAAUUUAAUUGAGGCACAGCGGAAAAAAUUGCAGGAAAUGGUUUCUUCAAUUCAAGCAUCAAUGGACAGACAUCUGCGAGAUCAAAAUACAGAGCAAUUGGCAACAAACGAUUUUUCUCAAAGGAAAUUAGAGGCAACAAGUUCAUCAGUUAAAACAAAGAGCCCUCAAAUGAGUUUAACUGAAUCUUUUACUUUAUCAAGUGGCAGUGGACGUUUGAAUACAGAAAUAACUGAUAGUAACAUAUCAAAUGCUUUGGGAGCACCAUUCUCCACAAGAUCAAAAACCCAGAAAGGAAAUUCUGUCGAAGACCCUGAAGAAAUGGAUAGCCAAGAUGCAGAAAUCACUAAUACAACUGAGCCAAUGGAUCAUUCAUGAAAAAUUUAACAGCUAUAUCAAUACAAGAGAUUACUGUGCAAAUGUAGUUUGUUGGCUGGACCACUUAAUUUAGUCAUUGAAUCUUGUAUGUUUCAAAGAUUAUAUGUUACUCAUUGCAUGAUAGCAAGUGUGUGAUAGACAAUAACUUUUAAUUUGACAUACUGCUGCCAGGUUAGCUCUCAGUUACCUGUACAUUAGUUAUUAGAACAAGCACUGAGAAAAAAAAAAUCUGCUGUAGUUGUGGGUUAUCGCUCUCUCUCUUUUUUUGUAAUUUUAAUUCCAUUUAAGUCUUAAUCCUCCAGCCCCUAUGAAAUCAUUAAGAUAUUUUUUUAGUUUGAUAUGUGAAAAUAAAACCUGACAAUGCACUGUGUUUGUCAGAUAGUGGUCCAUAUUUCAUUAAACAACAUUUGCUUAUACUUGACAUUUGAAAUCAAAUUUAUAUCUGUUAGAUAAGUCAAAAUGCUGAAGUACAUUUACUGAUAGUUCUUUAAAAUUGUUAAGGAAGAUAUGGAAGAUAGUAUAUAAGAAACAUAAAAUAAAGAUGUCUGAGCUUUUUCUUGCUUUAUUGGCAAGCAAUAGUAUGUUUUGUUUUCAGUUGGUAAAAUGCUAUAGUAUGUGUUUACAUGGCAAAGACAAUAAAAUGCAAGCAUUUAAGAACAGAAUAAUAAGAAUUUGAUUUGAUUCAGGAACAUUUUACAAGUAGGUAUUGGUUAUCUGUGUUCCCUGUUAAUGCUUCUUAUGUUGGAUUAAUCAACAUUCAUCAGAGGUUUUUCAGUGAACUAAUAAAGCUCCUUUUAAAUUCCUUACACCUAGGACGUACUUAAAGCUUUUAUUGUAAUACACCACUUUAAUUAAAUGGGAUCCACUUUAAGCAGCAUGUUCACCAGAUCUAAUUUUUAAGAGACAUUGUUUGCUCCAGUAAAAGCAGAUGUUUAUGUUGAUACUAAUAUUGCACUUUUUGCCUCUUCGCAUAUUUCUAUUUAUGUGCAUUAUUACUACUACAUCUGAUAAAAAUAAACUUGAAAGAGUGAAAGACAAUAUAGAAAAAUAUAGGAAAUAAAUCUUAGGUUCAUAGUUAUUGAAUCCAGUGCUUGGGCACAUAUGACUUUUUCUGUCUAUAAAUACGUUUAUAAUAUAAAUACUUGUACUCUUAAAGUAUGUUUAAACUUUUUGCAAUUACAAUCACACAAAAUUACUAAGGAAUGCUAUGAUUAAAUACCCCCCCCAAAGGGGAGGUAUUAGUUUUUAUGUGGGAAAGUUAUUUAGAGAUACAGUUGCCUCGGUUCAUUUGAAUAUCUUAUCCAUUCACAUACCAUUUGUCUUUUCUCCUAAGAGGGAAUCCAGAUUUUAUCUUCUAUUACACUAUUUGUGUAUAAAGCCUUCAAACCACACUUUCACGAAUGAGUAAUUUUAAAUA